AUGUUCGAUACUUUUGGCACACACCGGGGAGAUGCUGCUAUCAUCACUUGUCAUGGUGCCAACUGUGAACCAGAUUGGUGUCGUUUCUGCCAAGUAGACUGCAACACUCAAACUAAGACUUGCAUUGGAGGCUGCAAAGCCGGCUAUAAUGGAACGAGAUGCGAUAAAGAGUGCGAUGCCUUCAAAUACGGUCCCAAUUGUAUAUCUGCAUGCGGUCACUGUUAUAAUGACAUUAGCUGUGAUCGUUUCACUGGAUUUUGCAAGAAUGGCUGCGUCGUUGGAUGGACAGGAGAACGAUGCGACAAAGCUUGUGAAAGUUACACGUAUGGCCUGAAAUGCAAAUAUAAAUGUGGGAAUUGUCAUGCUGAUCAACCCUGCCACGUUGCCACCGGAGAGUGCAGUGGUGGAUGCCGGGAAGGAUGGUAUGGAUCUAAAUGCGAUAAAGAUUGCAAGAACUGCGAAAAUGGCAUUUGUAAUGUAAAUACAGGAAUCUGUCCAAAUGGCUGCCGACCUGGAUGGUGGGGACCUUUCUGCCAGAAAAAAUGUAUUCGGGGUAAAUGCAGCAAGCCAUUGUGUAAUCAUUCUCUCGGUGGCUGCAAUGAGACGGUCAACAAAAGCAACAAUGGCAGAAGCACAAGCAGCGUCCGCUCCGAAUUGUUUUUUCCAAAGGGUACGGAAGUUGAACAACUGUGUCCCAGUGGUUGGCGUGGCAAAAACUGUAAAGACAGGUGCGAACCAGGAACAUAUGGCUACAACUGCAACAAUACUUGUCAAUAUUGCAGGGGUCCCUCUAAUUGUGACCAUGUCACUGGUGACUGUAGGUUUGGCUGCCAAGCUGGAUGGACAGGGCCUCAGUGCGACAAAGUGAUGGUGUUCCGGAAUGCGAAUAGCAGGAUGUCCACCAUUGUCCCAAUAUUGGGUGUUUCCGUUGGUGUUCUCAUCACUGCUUUGUCCGUCAUGAUUAUCUACUUCAUUUGCCCUCGACCAAGAUGUCCAACGGUCUCGAGUCCGUUCUGCCGACUAGACCAGGUUCAAACCCCUCGAAAUUUAGAAGAACGUGUCUACGAAAGAAUGCAGCGUGGUCGCUACGAACUCAGUCGGUCUGACCUCAUUUUGACCUCUGAACUUCUGGGCCAUGGCCAUUUCGGACAGGUCACCAAAGGAUACGUUAAGAAUAUCCCCGUUGCAGUUAAAUCCCUCAAAGAAAAUGCAUCUGAAAAAGAUAAACAGGACUUCAUGAACGAACUGAACAUUUUAAAGAAAGUUGGCUAUCACCGAAAUGUCGUCUGCCUUGUAGGAGCAUGCCACAUUCAUGGUAUUCUUUACGUCGCUCUUGAGUAUGCUAUGUACGGUGAUCUUCGGAGCUACUUACGGAGAAGUCGCAAAGAGAAAGGCAGUAUUUACACAAACAGUGGAUUACCAGUCAUAAACCUGAAUCAGUGCAUGCUGCUCCAGUUGGCUCUUGACGUUGCUACUGGACUUGCGCAUUUGGCAGACCGGCAGAUUAUCCAUCGAGAUGUUGCAGCCCGAAAUAUUUUGUUAGGCGAAAAUCUUGUUGCUAAAGUUGCCGACUUCGGAUUGUCGAAGAACGAUGAUACUUAUGUGAAAGUCUCUAAUACCCGAGUUCCGGUCCGAUGGAUGGCGAUUGAAUCGCUUUUCAACAAUGUCUACACUGUACAGAGUGACGUUUGGUCAUUUGGUGUUUUAAUGUGGGAAAUCGUGACCUUAGGUGGGACUCCAUUUGCGGGCAUCGACACACAGGACCUGGUUAACAGAUUGAGGGAAGGCUUUCGAAUGAAAAGACCAGCUCAGUGCGAUGCCGCCUUAUAUAGUAUUAUGCUUAAAUGCUGGCACGUAGACCCGGCAAAACGACCCACCUUUCCGGUUUUAUGCCGACAAUUGCAACGUCUAAUUGAAGACAGCCAGGUGAGCUCACAUGUGUACAUAGAAAUCUACCAUUGA